AGGCCGUCAACCAAGAUAUAAAUCACCACACGAAGAAGUUUUCCAGCCAUUAAAACUGAAUUAUAAUUUACGUACCAGCCAGUAUAAAGCUAAAGAGUUAAACGAAGUAUAUUAUAGUUUACUAGAGGAUGGACCAGGAUCUGCUGGGUUUACACUAACUGAGCAACAGGAGAACGGAUCAGAAUCUGCUGGGUUUACACUAACUGAGCGACAGGAGAACGGAUCAGAAUCUGCUGGGUUUACACUAACUGAGCUACAGGAGAACGGAUCAGAAUCUGCUGGGUUUACACUAACUGAGCGACAAGCUUGACAAUGAUACUAAAUAAACCAAUGUUCAUUUUAUUCUC